AGGGGUAAUUUCCGGCCGCCUCCCCAGGAAGAAAACAGUUAGAAUACCCGCCCCCCCGCCCACAAUAGUCAUGUACACUGGGUCAGCUCUUGGCCUCUUGAGCGCUGCAGAUAUUUGUCUCCGGUAAGUUCCAGAAUCGUGGUAAAAAUCCUAGGCUAACUAAUGUAUCUAGAGCCGGCCAGAAUCUUUGCCAACGAUACAGGGACAUCCGGGGCACGCAUAGGUGUUUGGACGACCUAGGCAUUCGGGUGGAGAAUGUUUGGAUGGAUAUUGCAUCCCAAAUAGGGACGGUUGCGAGUUCGUUUGAGGGAAUUCCUGACAAUCUCAGGGGGAGCAUGACGAGUGAUCUUUGCCGGCUGAAGUUCUGCCUGCACACUGCCUACAGAAAUCUCGAAAAGGUGACGGACCAAAAAGGGUGUACCCCGAUAAAGGCGAUGAAGUUCGCUCUCUUUCUGAAGCGCUCAUUGAAGAAAGAUGUCUCGGUAUUGGAGAAGUGGCGGGAUAGGUUUGCUACAACCUUUUCACUUUAUCUCAAUCCCAGUCGGGUCCUUCCGAUAUUGGCCAAUGAAACUCCAUAGCGCAUUGGCAGUGCUACGACAGGUGGACCCUUCAGAAACUAUGUGGGGAGCAUGGGAAGGACCUUAGCUGUGGGUUUGUUCAGAAAUUUAUUGGAUGAUAGAAUUAAUGCCCACCCGCCUCUCGGGUUCGGAGAUGGGACCAGAGGAUGGGAUCAUGUUGCUUUUUCUUCUAAUGAUUUUGAUCAUCCUAUUUAUUUCUUUUGUUCGUUUUUAAUCUGAUGCCUAUGGGAAUCUCUUUGUUUCUUUUGUUUGUGUUCCAACAAUAUUUAUCGGCUGUCUCUUUUACACUGGUGUAUAGGGAAUAUCUGCAGAAAAUAUGAUCUACUUAAGAAGAUGGCGAGCUGUGGGAAAAACUUGCUUUGGC